AUAUUUUUAUCUUAAAAAAUCAUAAGAUGGGCUGGAGGGAACCGCCUGCUUCUCACCCUUCAUCCUCGUAGCACCCUCGAGGUCCCUUUUGGGGUGCCCCAACACCCCAGAGCAAAGCAAUCUCCAACAGCAAGCGUUUUCCCCUCCUGCAUCCCAAAAUAAACUUUUUUUUUUUGAGAGUCUGUGCUCCCCAGCUGAAAAGAAAAAAAGCUGUAAAUGCAGGAAAAGGAGGUGGAGAGGGUGCGGGGUGGAGCUGGAAGGGAAACCACAGAGGUUUUGGUUGUGGGCAGGUGCCCUUGCAGGAGAGGGUUGUGCCUCGGCAACCUGCUCGUUCCCACCGGCCGUAUCCAGGUGAGGCAGGAGCACCUACGGAGGUGGAACCCCCAAAAUGAAGGAAAUGAGGGAUUAUUCCGGAUUUUGGGGUGUGGAAAGGAGCAAGCGGGCAGGAAGGCUCUUCCCAAAGAUGCUUCUGAUGAGCAUCACCCAAGUGCUCGGAUGUGGGGCUUGGUGUUCUCCACGAUGGCCCGAUAUGGUUACAGCCUUGAGAUGAAGCCGGAGGCGCGUGUUGCCUGUCAGGUGACAAUGGCGGUGCUGUUCAUAGCUCUGCUCAUCACGGCCAUCACUUUUGCAGUGCAGGCUUUUCAGCCUCGUCCCCAACCCUGCUUUCGGUGUCCGUUCGACUGGAUCGGGUACAGAGGAAAAUGCUACUAUUUUUCGGAGGCUGAGGGGAACUGGACAUCCAGCCAGGACAAUUGCUCAGCACUUGGUGCUUCCUUGGCCAUGCUUGACAGCGUGGAAGACUUGAGCUUUGUGAUAAGAUAUAAAGGGAUCUCAGAGCAUUGGAUUGGCCUUUCACGGGAAGAUGAGGAGCAGCCAUGGAGAUGGGUGAACCACUCGCAUUUAUCUCGCCUGUUCCGGAUCCACGGUGGUGGCCUCUGUGCCUACCUGAACAACAACGGGCUCAGCUCCUCCCGCUGCAGCACCGAGAGGAGCUGGGUUUGCAAUAAGCUCGAGCUGCAGAGCCCGAGCAAGAGCAACGGGACGAGACGGGCUCAAAACCUUUGCAUCAGCUCCUAAGGGGCUGCAGGGAGUGCUCCUUAAAUCCAAAUACCUGGUGCACGGUAGGGAAACAAAACAAAAACCUCAAAAAAAACCCCACAGAAAAAGCAAACUCAGAGAAAAAACCUAUUGCCAAAAUUUGCUGAGAAGAACCAAAGUUAUUACGUGUCUGCAUUUGCCAACCCAACUUUGCCAUAUGACCAAGGAAAAGUAUCUGGUGAUUACUCACAGGAAUUGAGUGCAAUUACCCUUGCGGUUCACACCUGGUAAUGACUUAUUCAUAACCCCACCACAAUUAAAUGUCAGAGCAAGAGGAAAGCCGUAGCUGUACCGACGACUCUGGAAGGACUCUAGAGGCUGAAGCUUAGCAAGAUGUCUGCAGCCUUGCACCGUGCGACCGGAAAAGUGGGCAAAUGCCAUAGGCUUUUUUCUUUUCCCACUUUUUGUGAAGUGAAAGCAGCAACCUUCAGGCUUGGUUGGCUGAGAAAAGCCUCCUGACACCUCACGAGUAUGCGGAAAUGCUGCAAGGAUGGACAAUGCUUGCAAGACCUCCAAGAAUUUGCUGCUCUCGUCUUCGGUAAAAGCCUAAGCUGCAAAGCCGCCAAGUCAACCUGUGACCAUACGUGGCUCUGUAUCAAGAGCAAGAUGAAGGCGAAGAAAUUUCCACGCAUCAAAAGUCAGAUUGUUCUCUCCAAGGACACAGCUCCGGGGGGUGGGACAGUGGCAGGAUUGGGGAGGAUCUGCCAAGUCAAGGUUGGAGCAACCAGCUCCAACUGGUUGGAGAAAGAAGGUGACGUCUUCGCCUUAACAUGCCAGUGAGGUUAGGUGUAAAAGGUUUUUUUUAAAAAAAAGGAGGAGUAAAAGAGAAGGUUUUCUCUGUACAUUUUCAUGGAACGCUGUGUCCAGGAAAGACUUUCAAGCAUCUCAUCUUGAUGAAAGCUGACACAUUUGCACGGACAACAACGUCCAGGAGAGCCUUUUUUUUGACGAGCAUCUCAACUUGGGGACUGUGGGUGAAGGUGUCAACGUGAGGAUAGUAGGAUUUUAGCAGCACUUUAAUUUUUAGUGGUAUUUAGCAGUAAUAGCUAAAGGAUCCAGCUUUUUCCCAGGACUGAUGAAAUCCUUUGGUUUCUCCUCUUUCAGCAAUUUGGUGAUCACUGUCUUCUCAGAUGGUCUCCCAGCAAUGUUUCACCAAAGUGAGGGUUUUUGGGGGGCAGAAUUAUGGGGGAUGUCCUUGGCUCGUGGAGUUGGCAGCUCUGUCUCCUGGGAUCAACAGGGUUUAGCCCAGCACAGCCCAGACCCUGGGGAAACGGUUCCUGCUCCCCCUCCGUGCGCAUCCUCACCCUGCGAAAGGACCGUCUUCAGAUCAGCUGCUGUUUUAGCAUCGUGUAACACUCAGUGACAACCAAAUUUAGUAUUUUUGAGGGCUUUUAACGCACCCUUGGGCUGCUGGCGAGAUUUUUCACCAGACAAGAUGGUCUGAGGGCAGUAUCAGAGAAACGACGCCCAAACUGUUUAGCAAUAAUUUCAUAAUUACUGCUGGAAAACAGCCAAAUUUAACCUGGAGUAGGGCACUAUCUAUCACAUCAUCAUCAUCAUCAUCAUCAUCAUUAUCAUUAUCAUUAUUAUUAUUAUUAUUAAUUGUUACUGUUACUAUUGCUAUUACUAUUAUUGCUUGUGCGGGUUGAACAACAAUGCUGAGAGUUACAGCCCAUUUCCCUCCCCAUGGUAAACACAUGCUUCAAAUAUUGUAGCUCAAAAUCCACUUUCCCUGGAUCCCAACACACCUCGA